AUGUCUUCCGAAUUAAAACCAGAAUACCUCAUUCAACUGAAAACAUUUGUCGACUUGUGCAUUGCAAAUCCUGCAAUAUUACACCAACCAGAGUUCUCUUUUAUAAAGUCAUUUAUUGAACAUUUUGGGGGAAAGAUACCAGAAGCAAAAGCAGAUUCAUCACCAAAGAAAAAACCAGAGGAACCUAAGGUACCAGAACCACAGCCUGAACCAGAAAGUGAAGAGAGCGACAUAGAAUUGGAUAUGACUGGAGUUAUUGGGCCAGACACGGAUGUUCCACAAAAAAUGGGAAAUCCUACCCUGCAACCAACAGAGGAAGAAAUUGCAGAAUCCCAAGCUAAACGUUCAGAAGCUGUAUCAGCAUUUGCAGAAAAGGAUUAUGAGAGAGCUGUUCAAUUCUACACAGAAGCCAUUCUACUGAAUCCGCAAGCAUCAUUGCUUUACGCGAAACGUGGUCAAGUUUACUUGCUGAUGAAUAAGCCUAAUGCUUGCAUACGCGAUUGCGAUCGUGCUCUGGAGCUGAAUCCAGAUAGUGCAGCAGCUCAUAAAUUCAGAGGAAGAGCCAAUCAUUUGCUUGGAAAGUUCGAGGAGGCAGCUAACGAUUUGCGACUCGCUUGUAAAUUCGACUUCGAUGAACAGGCUGAUGAAUGGCUGCGCGAAGUUACACCGAAUUAUGAAUCAGAUACAAGAGUAUAA